AUGGCGUCCGACAAGCCAGAAGGGCCGGACAGCCAGCAUCACUAUCAAUUGCCAGCUGCCGCCGAGCAGCGUCACCACGAGCCCCAUAGGAGCUCGUCUGUUCCGCACCGCGACGAAGUCUAUGGCACCCAAAUCAAGAUAUUCAACUCUCGGCGCAUGUCAACAUCCACAGCCAAUCCGUACCACCGAGGCGAAGAAGCCUACUAUGACUGGGAGCACCAUCGGCUGGCUGCCAAGAUCGAAGUGCAGCGAGGCCGAGUCGUACAGGCCCAUAAAGACUUGGCUCAACAAGAAGCUCUCCUCGACCGAGCCAAAGCAGAUCUUAAGUCACUGGAAAUGGAGCUCCAGGACAAUGACAUCAAGCACCGCGACCAAAGGAACGGGGGCGCGACAGUCCUCACUGAUGCCCCCGCCAAGAAGGCGAAGCGCUCUGCCCACGACGAUGAUAGGGAUAGCGGCGACAAAAAAGGCGUCAGGGAAGACCCCCAGGCUCUGCGCGGAAUCCUCUCACUCCCACUUCAUCUUUCGCUGUAUGUAACAGUCGGAAUGCUCAAACUCUUCUGCACUAUAGUGCUGUGCGCGCUGGUAGCGCGAGCAAACGCGAUUGGCAAGCGCGACACCACCUUCACCUGGGGCAUAGAUAAGCUCCGGGGCGUGAACAUCGGAGGGUGGUUGAUCCUAGAGCCCUUCAUCACUCCCUCCAUCUUCGAGCGCUUCCCCUCCGAGGCCGGUAUCGUCGACGAGUACACACUCUGCCAACACUUAGGUCCCCAAGUCGCACGCGACACUGUCCUAGCCCCACACUGGGAGGCAUGGGUUUCGCGCGCCGACUUUGAGCGCAUUGCUGGCGCCGGCUUCAACUUCGUGCGAGUGCCCGUCCCAUUCUGGGCCUUUGACGCUUUCGACACACCAUAUGCCACCGGUGCAGCCCCAUACCUCGACAAGGCAAUCUCAUGGGCGAGGGACACUGGGCUCAAGGUACUGGUGGACCUGCACACGGCGCCGCGCAGCCAGAACGGAUAUGACAACUCGGGCCAGCGGAUGGAUACACCGGGAUGGGGAGAGGGGGAGAGCGUGGGCCAGAUGCUGAGCGUACUGCACACUGUCGCAGCUAAGUACGCAAGCGCGGAGUUUCGGGACGUCGUCUUGGGGAUUGAGCUGCUGAACGAGCCGGCGGGGUACACUCUCGACAUGAACAUGGUAAGGCAGUUCUACCGCAAUGGGUGGGGCGAGGUGCGCGAGUUUGGGGAUACGGUCGUCAUCUUGCAGGAUGCAUUCAAUGAUGCGGCGAGCUUCAACGGAUGGAUGACCCCAGCGGACGGUGGAGUGCAAGGCGUGGCGAUCGAUCAUCAUGAGUACCAGGUGUUUGAAUUGGAUAUGGUGAAAUGGUCGCACGAGCAGCACCGUCGGGGUGUGUGCGAUCGGGCGUGGAAGUGGGAGGGUGCCGACAAGUGGACUUUCGUGGGCGAAUGGAGCGCUGCCAUGACGGAUUGCGCAAAGUGGCUAAACGGAUACCUCCGUGGCGCCCGCUAUGACGGGACCUACCUCACGACGGACUACAUCGGGGACUGCACACAGUACAACAACAUCUCGUCCUGGAAUCAAGAGUUGCGGGACGCUACGCGCGCGUAUGUCGAGGCGCAGAUAAAUACAUUUGAGGCCGGGACGCAGGGCUGGGUGUUCUGGAAUUUCAAAACCGAGUCAGCCGCCGAGUGGGAUCUGUUUGCAUUGCUAAAUGCGGGGCUUUUCCCGAACGCGGUGGCAGAGAGGCAAUUUAAGAGGGUGUGCUGA